GCCUCCAAGGAUUUAAGCCCGACUGGGCUCCUGCUUAACGUCCAGAACAACUUGUAAUUUCAUCAAUUCUUGGUAGAUCAAAGAGAAAAAAAAAAGAAGGCAAAAAGAGAGGAUCUAGAGGGCCGGCCAGGGAGAAAGACCAUGUCAGAAGCAGCUGUGAGUUUUGUCCUAGAAAACCUGAAGCAAAUACUAGUUUAUAACUCCCAUUUAAUAGCUGAUGUGAGGGAGAAUGUUGAGAAAUUGUGCGAUCAGCUCAAGAUUCUGAAUGGCUUUGUCAAAGACUACACAGAAAUGAACAGCAACACCGAGGCCCUGAAGGCGCUGAGGAGGGAGCUCAAAAGCGUGGUCAGCGAAGCCGAGGAUGUCGUCGACAAGUACAUCGUUCAUGCCUCGAUGCAGAAGGCCAGAGGAAAAGUUGAAAAGGUGCUCAAGAUUGUUGAUUAUGGGAGCAAGCUUCGAGACCUGGGGAAGGAAAUAGAGCAAGUCAGUGGAAGAGUGAAGGUUAUUCUUGAGAGCCAGAUAGUGCCUCGUUUGGAGGCUGCACAAAUCCAGGACAUAGCCAAUGAACGUGCAAAGAAAAAGCAGGCCCCAAUAGUUGAGGAAGACAAUGUGAUUGGAUUUGAUGAUGCAACAAAAGCAGUGAUGGAACUUCUCAAAGCAGGAUCAGAGGACCUCGAGGUUAUAUCAAUAGUGGGUAUGCAUGGGCUGGGGAAGACGACACUAGCCAAAAAGGUCUUACACGACCCAAAAAUUGAGUAUGAUUUCUUCGCUCGGGCAUUUAUCUACGUUUCUCAGCAAUUUGAGAGAACUGAGGUGUUCCUCAAUAUUCUGGGGUCUAUUGGGCAGCUCACUGAGGAAGCGAAAAAUAUGCCAGAAGAAAAAUUAGCAGAACACGUUCGCGAACAAUUGAAGACCAGAAUGUACUUGAUAGUUAUGGAUGAUGUGUGGAAGAUAGAGGACUGGGAUAAACUCAAAGUAGCUUUUCCGAACAAUAAGAAGCGCAGCAGAGUCUUGAUUACUACUAGAAACACCUCCGUGGCUAUUUAUGCAAAUCCAGCAGUUGAGCCAUAUCAUUUGGACUUUCUAACUUUUGAUGCCAGUCGAGAGUUGCUACGGAGGAAGGUUUUUGGUGAGAACAAGUGCCCCGAAGAAGUGGAACAAUAUGAACUGCAUAUAGUAAAGAAAUGUGAUGGACUGCCCCUGUCAAUAGUGGUGAUUGCAGGUAUUCUCAUUAAACACCGGCAGAUUGUUCGUUGGUGGAGUCGAGUUGCUGACAGUGUCAAUGACUACAUUUCCAGGGAUGAAAAGCAUAUUAAGGAUGUUAUAAUACUGAGCUACAACCAUUUGCCUUACCAUUUGAAACCUUGUUUUCUCUAUCUUGGUGUCUUCAGGGAGGAUUUUGAGAUCCCUGUGUGGAAGUUGUUGCGAUUGUGGAUCGCUGAAGGGUUUGUGCCUCAGCAAAGAGAUUUAAACUUGGAGGAUAUUGCAGAGGAAUAUUUGGAGGAACUUGUUGACAGGAAUCUAGUUAUGGUGGGACAGAGGAGGUCAAAUGGCCAAAUCAAAACUUGUCAUGUCCACGACACUUUGCGUGACUUUUGCAAGGAGGAAGGUAAGGAGGAAAACAUUUUCCAAGAAAUUAAGCAGGAUAACCUGGAAAUCUUUUUUUCCAAGAACCCAACCUUGGAUGAUUAUCGUCGUUUGUGCAUUAAUGCUAAUGUCAUGGCUUAUAUUUCUAAAAAACCUUCUGGUGCUCGUGUUCGCUCUUUCUUGACUUCUGCCAAGGAAGAAACUACCUUGGAUGCUAAACAUGUCCCCCUUAUCCCAAGAGCAUUCAAAUUGCUUAGAGUGUUGGACGCAAAAUCACUAAGAUUUACUCUGUUUCCCCCUGAUCUGUGCCAACUAGUUCUCUUGAAGUACAUUUCCAUAUCUUGCAAACUUGACAUCCUUCCUCCUGCAAUGUCUACACUGUGGAGCUUGCAAACUCUUAUAGUAGACACAACUGCUCGUACCCUUCAAGUCAAAUCAGACAUAUGGAAGAUGCCACAAUUGAGGCAUUUGCAUACUAAUGCAUCCACUUCUUUGCCAUGUCCCACAACAACUAAAGGUAAGGAAGAAGCCUCGGUAAAUGCAAAUUUACAAACCUUGUCUUCCAUCUCACCAAAAAGUUGUACAAAGGAAUUGUUUGAAAGGGCUCCCAAACUCAAGAAAUUGGCUAUUUGUGGGAGAUUGGCCAUACUUAUUGAGGCCAAUGGUCAAUCCAGAUUAUUUGAAAGUCUCUGCACAUUGCAGUUCCUUGAAAACUUGAAGUUGUUGAAUGAAGAUGUAUCCUCCCCAUUGAAUAGACUUCCUCAAGAAAACAAUUUUCCCAGGAAGUUGACAAAGUUGACUUUGUCAAAGACUUUCUUGCCUUGGAAUCAGAUGUCUGUACUAGGAAAGCUUGAGAAUCUUGAGGUUCUGAAGUUAAAAGACAAUGCAUUCAAGGGAAACAGGUGGAGGACAGAAAGCGGGGGAUUUCAAAGUCUCCAAUUUCUGCACAUUGGAAGCACAGAUUUGGUGAUCUGGGAUGCUGCAGCAAAUCACUUGCCCAAACUUAAGUGUCUUGUCCUUAAGCACUGCACUGCGCUUCAAGGAGUUCCACAUAGCUUUGCAGAUAUUUCCACCCUCCAGAUAAUUGACCUUCAUUGCACCAAUCAUUCGGUGGCCUCCUCAGCCAUGAAGAUCUAUGUGUUGAAACUGGAGCAAGCACAACAAAAAGCCACUAAGAGCAACAGGUUUAAGCUCUUUGUAUAUCCCCCAGUUUAGUUGAUGAUUACCACAUAAACCAAAUUUGCCCUUGCUUCUUUGACUGGAAGUUUAUCGUGAAGAGAUAAGACAAUUCACUUUUUGGCUGAAGGAGGAAAACUGAGGAGCAAGAAGAAGAGGUCUUUUCUCAACGUUUUUCUGCUUUGAUAACUUCCAGCUGCAGCUUGAGAUUUUUAACUUUGGUUUGUGAUUUCCUUGUAAUGGGAGGUUAGGCUUUAUUAGUCUUCCUCUGAAUUUGUACUAGUAUGGAUCAAGUUUUACUUGCAUCUUUCUUCUUCUGCUAUCUUUUGUGGUGAAUAAACUUUUGUACUUUUAUUCUAUUCCCACCAAAAGUGUAAAAAAUAUCUGUUGUGUUUGAAUAGCUAUCUUGAAUAGCUAGGUUGCUGGUACUGUGCUAGCUAUCUUGCUAGGAUUAUUAGGCAAAAACAAGGAGAAAUGGUAAACGAGCUGUUUGUUGUCAUAGGCAGCCCUAA